AUGCCUCGUGAACAACAAAAAAGAGGCCGCAGGGCCGAAAAGAAAGCCCAAAAAGAGGACUCCAAGAGAAAGUUGGAGGAAACACCGGAAGAUCCCGUCGCAAAGCGACUGAAGCCCUCUGCCGACGACGCCGACGAGACCAACGAGAACAAUGACGACGUCCAACUUCCCGAAAAUGAGGACUACAUUCCACUUGACCAGGGCGAAGAUCAGGAAGGUGAGCGACCUAAUGCGGAUGGAGACAUGGUUUUCUACGGUCUUCUCGACGAGGAGGAGUCUGAAUACUUCCAGCGCGCCAACGAAAUGCUGGAGCUGAACCAGUUCCAGGACGCUGAAGAGCGUAGCUUGUUUGUCGACAGUGUAUACUCGGAAGCCAGUGGCAAGGAGUUGAAGAUUGCCUGUAGUCAGGGCUGUUCGAGACUCAUGGAGAAAUUGAUCUCUAUGUCAGACGCUCGACAACUGCGUCGGAUAUUCAGUAAAUUCAUCGGCCAAUUCCUCCACCUAGUGCAGCAUCGCUUCGCCAGUCAUUGUUGUGAGACGCUUUUCAUUCACGCUGCACCUGCUGUGAUGCAAAAGACGAAGUCUCAACCUAAACAAUCGGACGAGGAAGGAGAGGAAGAGCCGGAGCUGUCGCUUGCAGAAAUGUUCAUGGCUGUUAUUGAGGAAUUGAAGGAAAAUUGGGGAUAUCUGUUGACGGAGCGAUUUGCAUCUCACACAAUCCGAGUUCUAUUGCUGGUUCUUGCAGGCGAACCAGUGGAUGUUACUUCAAAUGAGUCGUUUGUUGCGAGUCGCAAGAAGGAAAGAAUUGAAAUCCCGACUGUUCAGGGUGAGGAUAAGGCGAGCAAAUCGAAAACCGAGAAACACGCUGUUCCAGAGGCGUUUGAGCCGGCACUCAAGAAGAUCAUGACCGACAUGGUCUCCGGUCUCGACGAUGUUUAUCUCCGAGCCCUGGCUACGCAUCCAGUUGGAAAUCCUGUGCUUCAAGUACUGUUGUUCCUGGAGCUUUCGCACUUUGGAAAAUCUAGCGCCAAAGAUCCCAAGUCGACCAUUCGCAGACUGGUUCCCGAUGAGUCGUUCGAGGAAGAAUCCGAAAGCGCGGUUUUCAUUCGUGGUCUCCUCUACGAUCCAGUGGGUUCUCGCCUACUAGAGACGAUGGUGCGAUACCUUCCUGGUAAAUCAUUCAAAAAUCUUUACAGGAACAACCUGGGUGACCGGAUUGGUUCUCUCUCUCGCAAUAGCACUGCUGGAUAUGUAGUUCUUCGGAUGCUGGAAAGACUCGGCAAGGAUGACUUGAAGAUUGCCAUGACCAACAUAAUCCCUGAGAUUCCAGGCCUGGUUGAACGGUCGAGACUCGUUGUCCCUAAGAUGUUGAUCGAGCGGUGUGUGGUCCGUGGCGUCGACACAAAGCCUCUUGCCGAAGCACUCGAGGCUGCUUAUAGCCAGGAUCCUGUUAUCAGACUGCAGCAGAUGCUCAAAUUCAACCCCUCCGAGAACACCGCCCCACAACCUGAAAACCACGCUAUGGACGAGGACAACAACGGAAAGGACCGCAAGCCACGGGGCCCACCGCCGGUAUCUGCAGCCGAGAAAGCAGAGAAACUACAUGGCUCUCUGCUGGUACAGGCCAUGUUGACCGUUCCUGGCCCGCUGAGUCAGCUUGUCUAUACGAGUCUUCUCGCCCAAUCCUCCGAUACCAUCGUACAACUUGCCCAAGAACCCACCUCUUCCCGCGUUCUACAACAGGCCCUGACUUCCACAACCUCCACGCCUCAAAUUCGGCGACAGCUCACCACCCGUUUCCAGGGUCACCUCACACCUCUUGCCUUGAGCAGCAGUGGGUCACACGUAGUGGAUGCGCUCUGGACCGCAACCAAGGAUAUCUUCUUUGUCAAGGAACGUAUGGCACGAGAACUCGAGCAGCAUGAACAAGAGCUCCGUGAUUCCUUUGUGGGUCGCGCAGUCUGGCGAAACUGGUCAAUGGAUCUCUUCAAGCGCCGCCGACGCGAUUGGACUUACAAGGCCAAGGGCUUUGAGGAGCGAACCGAGAGCAAUGAAGGCGCUGAACGCCCCAAGUCUAAGCUUGAACAGGCUCGGGCUCGAUAUGCAGCAGCUAAGGAAGCAGCCGAUGCUGGUGCCACUGGUGCUAAUCAGACUGCGGUGGCUAGCAGAUGA